AUGGAGCAAACACACUACGGCUAUAGCACGCUCGAAGUUGAUGACCGCCAAUGUCUAACCCAGGUAAAGUCCAACGAUAGGCAACCUUUAUCUGACACCCAGCCUGGGAAUAAUCUUCCUGAAGUUGCCCCAAGUGAUGCUUUGGAGGUGGUGGACAACACCGAUGGCGCUGGGCCACGCGACAGAGGCACCCUAUGCGGCUUGCGCAGGAAGACUUUUUGGAUCGCACUGACUGCAGCAGCAGCACUCAUCGCAGUAUCUACCGCAGUCGGUGUCGGAGUCGGUGUGGCAAAAAGCAAAAGUUCGCCUUCAGCUGGCGAUGGGCGCAUCGGGCGUGUUGCGCCUUUCUCGCGCCUCGCGGCGGCGAACUACACCGAUCGACAAAACGUCAACCAUACCCAAGUGUACUACCAAGAUGACUAUCUGAACCUUUGGAUGGCCGAUCUUGACCUUACGAGAAACGAAUGGACCGGAUCUCAAGUCAAUACCACAGAACUCCUCCCCAGGAACGGAACUCCUAUUGCGGCUUUCAAUUUUCAGUGGAAAUCGGUGGGUACCUCAGUUGACCAGUUCCUGACACAGUGGUGGCCCAUGGUAGACGACACUUGGACGGUCACCAAUGAUUCAAACCUUGCUAGUUUUAGCGUACACUGCGUCAAUUGCGUAACGACUGGAUUCUUGGUCUUCCAGUCGGACCGCACCAACGCGACCGCUUUCGCCUAUCCGGGCGAACUUCCCCCUAACAACUUCAACAACUCUAUGCCUGAUGGCAUUGUCCCUGACACUGGCACGGCAUAUGCACUCGUCCCCAUCGAAGCGAUUGAAGAAUUGGGCGAUACUGAGCCAUACGUCGGGCUGUAUCUUAGCGUAAAUCAAGCGCUUAGAGAAUUUUACUUUGCGACUGGCCAUGGAUGGAAAGCUACGAAUGUCAACUUAACAAUGAAUAUAGAUUCUGGAGCACACAUCGCAGCAAUGACCUACACACAAAACAACCUACGCUACGUGCAAGUUCUCGUGACACGGGAGACUGGAGGCGUGCAGAUGGCAUAUCUGGACGGUGGGCCUGAUCGAGAAUGGACUUGGAUGGAUUCAAUUGAUGGUAUGGAGAACGUAAUUCCACUGUCGCCCAUCUCUGCGACACAGAUUGGGCGUGUCUAUGCCCUUGAAGAGGGAGAGGAUGGCCAUCAGAUUGUCGAGUUCAGGCGGACUUCAACCACUGGGACACCAACGUUUGAACGCUUAGGCCCCCUCAAAUUGACAACGACAUGA